CCCGCCCGCCGUCCCCGCCCCGUUCCUUUCCGCGGCGCGACAUGGCAGGCACGGGGCGCGGGGCACCGGCGGAGCUGUGGGGGGUGCUGCUGCCUCCGCGGCGGGCGGCCGAGGGCUCGGAGGACGAGGAGGACGAAGAGGUCGAGGAGGAGCCGCACUUGGUGGAGGCCGCGCUGCUGGAGGCUUCCGGGAGGGAUCUGGCGGCCGCCCUGCCCCCGCGGCGAGCCGCUAUUAUACAAGAGAGCUCCAAAAAGGAGUAUGAAGUAGUUGGACGUUUUCCAUUAGUUGGCCCCUGGUGGACAGUUAAUGUUAAAGUUAAAAAAGGGGGGUCAAAGUAUUUCGUUCAGGGAUAUCCAUCCUAUUUUCUUCGAACCAAUAUAGAAGACAACAACCGAGAAGUCUUCUCACUUUUUCUCAAGGAAUGUGGAGUUCCUGAGUAUUUUAAGAAGUUGUUUUUUGCCUGGCUACCUGCAAAAUCUACACUAAGUUUUGAAAAUCUUGAAGAAAAACUAAAACAAUUCCAAGUUGCGCACUUAUCGACAGGGAAGAAACAAGGAGACACUAAGGAUUUUGAUAUCUUAUACUAUGUUUGGAAAUCAGUUGCAUGGAAGGCAGUGUUGGUAGCCCUGACUUACCCUAUGAUACUGGACUUCUUGCCUACUCUUCUGCCGCGCCAUUUUUGCUCUCUUUUGGAUACGGUGUGCUGGCAAAGAAGGACUGAAAAUGAUGAUACGGAUGGUGAGACGGUACAUUUUGAAGAUGAGAUACUAACAAAGUUGGAUGAAAUAUUAAAAAACGAGCCAUGGAAACUUGGAUUCAGCAGGAUUACUUACAGGGAACUGAAUCUUUCUUACUGUGAGGCAACGUGGGAUGCCUUCCGUCAGUGUGAACACCUCCUCUGGAAGAUUCCUGACUUGCAGAAGAAUGCUUUGAUUCUGUAUAAUAAACUGAAGAAACUCUGCAGAGAAAUGGGACACACUUACGAGGAUCAGGAUGAAUUAACUCGUUUUGUAUCUGAAGAUAUGUCCAUUGAGGGUGCUUGGCAAUCUCUGGAAUUUCUGAAAGAUGAGAAUAUAGUGAUUAGGGAGAAGACACUGGUGUUUCUGCCUCAUCUUUACAAAUCUGAAAAAGACAUUGCGAUGUGUAUAGGUGAUCUUCUGUCAAAAUGCUCCUGGCAACUAGAUGUUGAUGUGAGAAAAAUACUUAACGCUUCUGAGAUGUCAAGAGAAGUUGUAGACAGCAAAACGCAUGGUAUCCAGGCUCAUGAAGUGGAACAUCUGAAGGAAGAUAAUCCAGACUAUCAUCACUGUGAAAAUCAGUUCCCUGAAAGGGAAGUGGCAUCUACAUCUGGUACCCAAAGUAAAGCAGAGGUAGACCUAGAUCAGGUGAUCGCUAUAGAAAAGAUUUGUUCUAAUCCUGUCACAAUCAUAAGUGGGAAAGGAGGCUGUGGGAAGAGUACAAUUGUUAGCAGCCUUUUUCGGCACUUAAAGCAGAUAGAAAAAGAAGUGGAAGCUGCUUCUAAGGACUUUGAAGAAGACCUGGAUGUGUCUGAGGAGUGGGAUACUUUUGAUCGUCACUGGGAGUCAGAGGACACUUGCACAAAAAAUCCCUUGAAUGUUCUAUUUACUGCACCCACAGGGAGGGCAGCAAGCCUUUUGAGUGAGAAAACCAAGCUUCCUGCAUACACUCUGCAUCAGAUCAUCUAUAGUUUUAAAUCAUGGAGGCAGACUGAAAAAGAAGUGCCAUGGAAGUUUUCUACUGUGACAGUUCUGAUUGUGGAUGAAGGAAGCUUGGUGUCUGUACACAUUCUUAGCUUAGUUUUAAAGCUCUUAUGUGAGCAUGCUCAGCUUGCCAAACUUAUUAUUCUAGGUGAUACUAGGCAGCUACCAAGCAUUGACCCUGGCAACAUGCUAGCUGAUAUCUUUAAUAGUUUAAAAUCAAGAGGCUUUUCUGUGGAACUGCGAACUAAUCACAGAGCUGAAUCCCAACUCAUUGUAGAUAAUGCAACAAGAAUCUCUCUCCGGAAGCUUCCUGAAUUUGAUGAAGUGCUGAAAUUUUCUGGUUGGAAUAAAGAGCUGACAAUGCCAAGCCCUGAGAAGAAAUUCAUUUUUAUUGCUUUGCCUUCUGGUGGGGGUUCUGAUAACUUGCAAGCUGCCAUAAAGGCUUUACUUAAAGAAGGACCAGGAUUGCAGGAUGCCACACAGUCACAGUUCCUUGCUUUCAGAAGGCAAGAUUGUGAUCUAAUAAAUGAACUUUGCUGCCAACACUAUUCAAACCAUUUAACCAGAGACCAUAAAAGACGACUUUUAUUUCAAGUUGAUGACAAGAUUUCCUGCAUGAGAAAUACGUACCUCAAGGAUCUCUUACCAGACCCUGGUAUUGGACAGGAUCCUGACCACCAGAAAUGCAGAAAUGGAGAAACCACCCUCAGUACAGAGACUACUGAGGAGGGCAAACGACUGUGCAAUGGAGAUAUAUUUUUCAUAACAAAUGAUGUAGAAAUUAAUGAGCAGCGCUUACUGACCAUCAGCAGCACAUAUGGCUCCACGUACACUGUGAACUAUAAGGCUCUGAAGAAGCUCUGUCAUAUAAAACAUGCAUGGGCCAGAACUAUUCACACGUUUCAGGGUUCUGAGGAGAAAACAGUUGUCUAUGUGGUUGGCAAUCCAGGCCGUCAGCACUGGCAGCACGUGUACACAGCUGUGACCAGAGGACGCUGCCGUGUCUACGUUAUUGCUGAAGAGAUGCACCUCAGGAAAGCAGUCACUAACAAUAACUUUCCCAGAAAAACUCGCUUACAGAGGUUUUUGAGAGAGGCAAUUGCAAAUACAAACAACUGUCUGCCACAAACAUCCUCUCCUCUGACAACAAGCUGGCCAGGUCAAGAGCCUGGGACUCAGCCUGUUUCUUUAAUUCAAGAUGUUCCUGACCCACCUGAACCUGGAACUGACAGGAUUCAGCUAAAGAGCUCAGCAGAUCUCAAUAAAGAGCACAUGGGUAAUUCGCAGCAGAUAAGUCCAUGUAAGAGACAACAAAGCCACGCAGAGGAUUCUGAGGAUCCAUUAGGAAAAGACUCCCCACUUGGGACUGCCAGACUCAGGAGCCUAACUUUGGAGCAAGUAACUCCCAGGAAGCUUUUCAAAAGCUGACCUACAAUUAACUGUCCUCUUCAU